UUAACGUCCCUGAAUUGUAGGUUCCCAAAAGCCGCACUGGUUCACCAUAGAGCACCAUCUAGUGGAGACUCUGAAGAACUGCAUGUAGCUCAAACGAUACCCGACAGAUACACAGUAAACACAUUCUCCGUGUGUUAGUUCUUCUUAGUGUUUUGCUAAAUGACAAGUUAAAUCCUGGAGUCACGCGCACCAGAAGCCAGAAGCGCGUCACGAGCGCUGUGUUUACGUUGCCAGGACACAGCUGUCUGGCUACUGCGGAUCCCAGGUGAUUUACCUAAAAGCGGAUUCUCCUGAGCGCUGGAUUCACCUGAGGAUCAGAUGAACAUGAACAGCACACACAGUUUUCCGGAUAGCACACAGGAUAUUAAAAACACCGCCGUCUGAGGCUAUCUCCUCCUUUUGCUCCCAAACAAAUACAUAUUUUGAGAUGGCUUUUUCUUAGCGCACACAGGUUGAACGAUGAAGGCCAAAGCUCUGUCAGUGAAGGAGUGCGCCUGGAUGUCCGAGGACUGCCACCUGGUGGACAUACCGCGUGAAGCUACCCAGAGGGACACCUUUUGCUUACCGAAUAUCUUCCAAAAGUCCAAAAAGGUGAAGCCUCUGACAAAGACUCGGACCAGCCCCAAUUGCCAGGUUUACUACACAGCCAGGGAGCUUCUGCUGGAGGUGCUGGACAGAGAAGCGAUCCGGGAGCUGAUCAGGAGAGCUGCCGGUGUGAAGGCAGGGCCAAAUCGGCAGUUACACUGCCAGAGCAGGGAGCAGAGCACAGAUGUGUCUGAGGAGGGGUAUGUUGAUGCAGUGACGUGGUUUUCUGUGGUCCUGCAGAGCGGCCUGUCUUUGGGGGAGAACUGCAACUUUGGGCAUGAUCUAAAUGUGAAACUAGACGGAUGGCAGGGCGUGCUAAAGAGAAACAGCAUCCAGGCCGACCUGCUGUCUCUGACCAGACUGGAGGAUGGAGACAAGCUGGAAGUCCUCUCUGCUUUCUGUGGCCACAUAACCCAGCGCUACCAGGCCCUCUAUACGCCGGGGCCAAACCUGGCUGUAAAGAAAUACAGACUGUCCUCUCAGCAGGAGCGCUACUCUCUUUAUCUCGCUCUCCUCUGUGACCCAAGCUCAGGGUUCAUCUGUAACAUGUAUCUGUACUGUCCAGAGCAGCUCCAGAGGCAGAGUAAGAAAUCUGUUGUCGAGCAGGUGGUCAGACACCUGCUGAGACCUUUCUGCAGCCACAGGUGUGUGGUUCAGCUGGAUAGCUCUGCCUGGAUGGAGGAAAGGCUCACACACAUCUUGUCUAGAUUAGGGUUCACCAUUCAUUUUGUUCCCGCUGUUAAGAGGCCACCAUCUUCACCACCUGAGGGCUCCAUGAUGUCUGAACUCAUUGCCCACCUGCAGGGUUGGACAGGACCUGCCCUCGUUCCCCUGUCUGAUCCAAAAAGAACAGGGGUGGAUGUAUUCCUCCCAGGCCUUUGGGUGACGCUGCAUGUGAUCUGCAUCAACACAUUUGUGCUCCACACUCUGCAGAGCCAGAGCUCAGGAAAGAAGGUCAACCUGACACAGUUCACCAGGACUCUGGCCUCUCAGCUGGCCAUGAACAGCAGCACCGCCGUGCCCGUUCUGCCACGACUGAACAGCAGCUCAUACCAAGAGAAAAAUGUCUCAAAUAUUUGUAAGCAAAGGACAAACACCAACAUCUGUGGUCAGGUGACGGUGAAAGGAAAACACAGGUGCAGCUCUGCAGUGAGGCUGCAGAACAACUGGAACAGACCGGGAGUGUGUGGGUUAGACAAUUCUGGCAACUCUUGCUACUUAAAUGCGGUGUUACAGUGCCUGUGCUCCACUGUGCCCCUCGUAGAGCACCUCCUGGAUCAGGAAACACGCAGAGAACUGGAAAAGUCCAAGUGCCGGGUGGCUGAGGUGUUUGUCCGCCUGCUAGAGGAGAUGUGGCUGGGGACAAACUCCAGCUGUGCCCCCGUAGAGGCCCGGUCGGUGCUGUGCUCCAUCCUUCCCCAGUUCAACAACUACUCCCAGCAGGACGCCCAGGAACUGCUCCUCUUUCUCCUUAACACGCUACACGAUGACCUGAAAAAGGUUGCAAAGGACCAGAUGCACUGUUCAAUACGACAGCCGAGGCAAGAACACAAUAGGUACUGCACCACUGAAAGCACCAUUGUGUCACAGCUGUUUGAGGGCCAGCUGGGCUACAUAACCCUCUGCAUGCACUGCGAUCAGCAGGCGUACAGCACACAAGCUUUUACUGUGCUGUCACUGCCGAUUCCUGCCGGCAUCCUUAAGUGCUCCAUUCAGGACUGUCUGUCGCUGUUCUUCGAGCAGACCGUCCUAACUGGGGGAGAGCAGCUGCUGUGUUCAGUGUGCAGGAUGAGGAGAGAAACGGCGGUCAUCACUAGUUUGGACAAACCUCCAGAGAUCCUCAUGUUACACCUAAAACGGUUUGGCUGUAAGGGGAAGAAGCAGGUGAAACUGAGAACUAAUGUCGCGUUCCCCAUGAAGCUCGACUUGACCCCAUUUCUGUCGAGCUCAGUGCAUAAUGUCUCAGAUUCUUCAUACCAUCUUUAUGCUGUUGUGAACCACACAGGUCAUCUGAACAUGGGUCACUAUACGGCUCUGUGCCACAACGCCUCAGCCCAGACCUGGCACUUGUUUGACGACUCGCUUGUCAGAGAGGUACAGGACACCCUGGUGCAAUCUCCCAACGCCUACAUGCUGCUCUACAGCCGCAAGCCUUUCCCGAAGCCAAAGAUCCAAGGACUGUGAGCUUUGCAAAUAGAAGACCAAAAUCAGUUUCCCUCUUGAAAGUGUUUCUUAUCAUCUGCAUUUGGUUCAACAUCUCUGCUGCUCUUUGUACUGUUAGCAUCUCCAUAACAAUUAGAAAUAAAUGAGUGUGAGUUCA